UGGGAAUGGUGUAUCGACCGCAUAACUUUCCAUGAAUUUGUGGAACACAUGAUUUCAAGGUUAAAAGAGAUGGAAACGCAACAGGAAUAGGAUGGUAGCAGAUAUAAGUAAUCCUCAACUUCAAAAAGAGUUUCAAAAUCUAAGAAGAGCUACCGACAUUUCUUCCACCAGGAACAGGAAAAACGAAGGAUAACGAAAUGACGAACGUGAGUUCCAACGAAUCAAAAAUCUUCAUUCCUUGUGACAAGCAUCUCGAUUUUAUUUUCUGGGUCUUGGAUGGCGCGGCUGGCUUAGUGGUUUUGGCGGGAAAUUUUCUCACAUGUAUUGUCAUUAUUUCCUCUCCAAUACUACGACAUAACGUCAUGAACGUAUUCCUACUGAGCUUAGCAGUGGCUGACUUCUUAAUAGGAUUGAUAUUCGUACCUGGGUACGCUAGUUUUUGUGAAAGUUGUGAGUACGCUUUAUCUAAAUACUGCCAUAUUCUCAGCUCUGCGAAAGACUUGCCUCUGGCAGGUGUAACGUUCAAUCUCCUGGCUAUUUCUUACGACCGCUAUAUGGCUGUUUUCAGACCUCUGCACUAUCAUUCUCACAUGAACUCGCUACGAGUUGGGAUUAUCCUCAGCUCCGCUUGGGGAAUUCCUAUAGUAAUGAUAAUAACUCGCUCUCUUCUCCAUUACUUUUGGAGUACAAGUCGAAUCGAUGAUAUUAUCAAAAUAUACAAUACGUUCUUAGUCGUUGCGUUCGUUAUUUUGCCGAUUAUUAUCCUCGUGGUCGUAAAUACAAUGCUAACGAGGGCUUUACAGCGACAGAACUGCCGUAUUCACGUAGUAAAGAGCGAGAUUGUAUCAGAGAACGCAAGCACCGUCGUAAAAGAAAAAGAGGUGAUGGAAAAACACACAAAAAGACGCAAAGGAACCAUAUCUUGUAUCGUCGUUGUUCUAAUCUUCAUUCUUUGCUGGUUUCCACGAGCCUUUAACAAUGUAUGGUCACUUGCAAACAGAAACCAAAAAAUCAAUCCUGUGUUCCGCAAGAUAACGAUAUUCUUCCUAAUAGUGCAGUCUUCUGUCAAUCCAUUUAUUUACACCAUGUACAGAAGAGAAUUCAGGAGAGCUGCAAAAGGGUUUGUUAACUCGCUACAGUUUUGGCGCCGAUAGAAACAAGAACGGCCAAAAAAUUAUUUAGCAAGUUUUGCUACUGGAAAACCUGUGAAUUCGGAGAACAACCUCCGAAUCACGGGAAAAAUCCAGCAAACUCUGCUCUCUACUGAUUCCUAUCUCUCUCGAAGAAUACACGACUUUCAUAAAGUCAGUUUUUUCUGAUSGAAAAAAUAAGGCCUUUUUACCAGAAACUUUCAAUUUUCUAACUAUUUGAGAAAGUACUUCUAUUCAUGAAAACUAUUUCCAAAACAAAAAUGGUUAAAUUUGAAUGAAUACAAAAGUAGUUCAUGAAAAACCAAAAAUAGGGUUCUGGAAUUCAGUGUUUAUCUUUGGAGGCCUUUGUGACCUCUUUUUUAUGCAUUUUCAAAGCUUCGAAUGCUCAUAUCUUCUCAAGAAUUUAUUACUUUUAUUAUAGAA